ACGCACACCGUUCACACCGCGCACCGUAGCCAUUUGAUAGUGGCCAUGUUUGAUUUCGAGAACUUGGAGGAAGCGUCAAGUCCAGCCAAGCCGCCUGAGCUAGGGGUGGAGUCUGCCAAAGACAAUGCAGUCGGUCGACUGUGCCGAAGCAAGCUAGGGGAGCAGGAGGCUGAUGAGUUGCUGGGGCAGCUGCUUCGUUUGCACAGGCCCAAUGAUCAUGCAGGCUAUUUGGCAGUGAUUGCAGAUUCCAACCUGGGUGAACCUCUGAAGGAAGCAGCAAGAGCAAAGCAGCAAGAAGAGGAAAAUCAAGCAAGAAUAAAAGCUGAGGUGGAGGCACGAGCAAAGGAGGCAGAGGAACAACGCAAGGCGGAGGAGGAAGAGAAGGCAAAGGCAGCAGCACGAGCAAAGCAGCAAGAAGAGGAGGAACAAGCAAGGAUGAAAGCUGAGGAGGAGACACGAGCAAAGGAAGCAGAGGAACAGCGCAAGGCAGAGGAGGAAGAAAAGGAAAGGAGAGCAAAGCAGCAAGAAGAGGAAAAUCAAGCAAGAAUAAAAGCUGAGGUGGAGGCACGAGCAAAGGAGGCAGAGGAACAACGCAAGGCGGAGGAGGAAGAGAAGGCAAAGGCAGCAGCACGAGCAAAGCAGCAAGAAGAGGAGGAACAAGCAAGGAUGAAAGCUGAGGAGGAGACACGAGCAAAGGAAGCAGAGGAACAGCGCAAGGCAGAGGAGGAAGAAAAGGGAAAGGCAGCGGCAGAUGCAGAACACGCGGAUGAUGUGCAAGCCAAGGCUGAUGCAGAGGCUGAAGCCAGAGAGCAACAGCGCAUGCAGCAAGAGGCCGCAGUGUUGCGAGGGAUCAUUACCGGCUCUCCAGGUGCCCGUGAAGAGGCCAGGAAGCAGAGGUGGGUCGUGGAGGAAGAUGCAGAUUCUGGGGACGAGGCCUUGGGGGUGCUCUCCAGCCUCGGGAGGUCCAUGAGCACCUGGGCCUCCGUGGUGGCCAUUGGAUUCUCCUUCACCAUGAGCAGCAACCCCAUGGAGGCUGGCAGGCAGAUCGCCAACAUGUGCCGACGUCAGGGGGGGAUCUACGUGAAGGCGGCGCAGACUGCGUCCUCCAUGGAGUUUGCGUUUCCGCACGAGGUUCUGGAGGAGUUCCAAUCUCUUCAGGAUUCCGCUGAUCCACAGAGCUGGAGCGAGGUCGAGUCGCGCGUCAGGAAGCACACGCCUGGGGGCAUCGACGCCAUGUACGAGUCCUUUUCUGAAGAGCCCAUCAAUGCUGCUUCCAUUGCUCAAGUGCACGUGGCAACCAGAAAAACCGGGGAAAAAGUGGCAGCAAAGAUCCUGCGACGCAACAUUGCCGCAAGCUUUGACAGGGAUGUGAAAGAUUACCUGGGCCUGCUUGGAAUGUACGAGAGCGCCACAGGCACACCGGUGAAGUGGAUGAUGGAAUGGGCUAUGGAAGAGCUGAAGAAGGAGCUUGACUUCCGCUGGGAGGCAGACCUGCAGGAAGAAUGCCAGAGGUUUGUGGAUUCCAAGAAGGAGCUGCGAGGACGCCUAGCAGUGCCCAUUCUCCAUGCCGAGCUUUGUUCGCGUCGCUUGCUGGUUAUGGAGUACAUUGAUGGCUGCAAGCUGAUCAAAGCCCCCGAGCACUUUGAUGACUGGGACUACGCCAGGGACGUGCCGGCUAUUCACGAAGCACUUGAAACCUGGCAUGCGAUGCAGCUGUUCCUGACAGGACACUUCCACGGAGACCCUCACCCUGGAAAUGUGCUGCUCCGGCGGCGCCCAGACAAGCAGCGCCCAGGGCAAUGCCCCUUUCAGGUGGUCAUCAUUGAUCAUGGUGGCUACUACAGCUUGGAUGACGACACUAGGAAGCUCUAUGCGGAGGUGUGGAGCAUGAUGGACGAGCCAAAGAACGACGCGCAGAAGACUGCACGGCGAGAUCGCUUGAAAGAGAUCAUGGCCGGGUGGGGGAUCGGCCACACCUCGCGCUUUGUGCUGGAGCAGAUGUUCAACGGGCACUUCGGGUCUGCCGACCCCACUGCCAGCAUCACAGAGAAUGGUGAGGCGCGACGGCACCGCUGGAACUGGAUGCACCAGAAGAGGGACGACCUAGGCCCUCCGGUCUUCGCGGACACCGGGAAGAUGCCCCCGGCGCUGAUGAAGGCCUUCGGGGUGGGGAACUUCACGCGGAGCGCCUGGACCCUGCUGUCCAAGGGCCGGAAAGAGCUCCGGGGCUGGGACUUCUGCAAGGUCCGGGUGGGCAUCAUGAUACACUGGGCGAAACAAAGCCCGGGAGUGAGACGAUCGCCAUAAAAA